ACGUUUUCAUUGGCCACGCCAGCGAGAGAGGAGGGGGGGACGCGGACGAAUUCCUCAGCGCUCCUCAAAUUUCCUGAAAUCACGGACCUCCAGUUCGCCUUUGUACCGACGAACAUCCAGCUCUCCCUCCUCCCUCCGCCGCAGCUCCGUUCUCCAAAAUGAUGUUCCGAAGUGUUCCUGUGCUCUUGCUGCUGGCCGUGGCGCUCUCCAACGCCGAGGAGGUCCAGAGUAAGAGCAAAGUGUGCGCCAAUGUGUUCUGCGGGGCGGGCAGAGAGUGUGCUGUCAACGAGAAGGGGGAGCCCAGCUGUUUGUGUAUUGAGAGCUGUAAGCCCCACAAGAGGUCAGUGUGUGGCAGCAAUGGUAAAACCUACAGGAAUCACUGUGAGCUCCACAGAGAUGCCUGUCUGACUGGCUUGAAGAUCCAGGUGGCCCAUGACGGACACUGCCAGGAGAAGAAAACAGAUCAGGCAGCUGCCAGCCCAGUGGUAUGUUACGUUGCGGACCGCAAUGAGCUGAGGAAUCGUGUGAUCCAGUGGCUGCAGACUGAGGUGGUCCCAGACGGCUGGUUUGUGAAGGGAUCCAACAUUUCUGACAUCCUGCUCAAAUACUUCAAGACAUAUGACAAUGGUGAUUCCCAGCUGGACUCCUCGGAGCUGCUCAGAUUCAUCCAGCACAACGAAUCAGCUGUGGACAUGCAGGCCUAUGCAGACCAGGAGAGCAACAAGCUGCUCAGGAGCCUUUGUGUUGAUGCUCUCAUUGAGCUGUCUGAUGAGAAUGCUGACUGGAAGUUGAGCUUCGAUGAGUUCCUCAACUGCCUGAAGCCUGGUUUCAAUCCGCCAGAGAAGAAGUGUGCCUUGGAAGAUGAGACAUAUGAAGAUGGUGCUGAGACCCAGGUGGAGUGCAACCGCUGUGUUUGUGCAUGCGGCAACUGGGUCUGCACUGCUAUGACCUGCACUGACAAAACGGCUGUUGUGGAUGAGUCGGUAGAUGCUGGGGCGGAGAUGACUGAGGAGGAGUGGAACCGCCGUGUGGCUGAGCUCAACAAGCACCAGGAAACAGUUGAGAAGAUGAAGAUCAGCACAAAGGAGGUUUAAGUAAGGAAGCAAUGAAGGAGAGGAUGCCAUCACCCUUCCUCCAUACUUGAUUUACCUUGCGGCCCUGUGUAGUAACUAAAUUGACUUAUUCAUGUUUCUUUCUUAUGUUAAUUAUUAUGCCUUUUUACAUUGUUUAUGUGUUUGUGUUGUUAUUUGUUAGAUUCAGGGGCUAUGGAAGAGUAUUAUAGGAUUCACUUGUGUUCAUUACUGUCAUGUUGUUUGAUUGUAUAACUGCACCCUUACACUAGGAAUGGGGCGGUUUUUACUGCAGUCCAUAUAUUUUUACAGUUAUUAUGAGAAAAAAAUAUCAAUUGGUCACUGGUUUGCAAAAUGAAAGUUGCUGUAGAAGAAGGUGAACUUGGAGAAUGCUCCAAUGGAAGUGUGACAGUCGUUUAAGUAAAAAGAAACUGAGACCUAACACCUUGUAUACCCUCACAGGUUUUAUACUUGUUGGCACACUGAACAGGUGUGAACAGGUGUGGGAUGGGAGGUUAAAACUACUAUUGAUUUCGACUCAGUUGGCUUUCAGAACCGCCAGAAUAGGCUACUACUUGACCAAUGCACUUCUCUCUCUUUCUCUCUAGUCUAGUUUUCUUAGGCUUUAGUUUAUCACCAGCCCAAAAUUAGUUUGUAUCUUACAGCUAAUGCAAUCAUUAUUUUGCUGCAAAAAGUGUUUGCUUCUAUGUACAGUAUGUUAUGGGCUUGAGAUGGAAGUCACAUUGCCCCCAUGUUAUACUCAGACAGGCUCGCCGGUGCUUUUAAUUUUAACAUUUCUGUCAAUUAAUCGAUGCUUUGCAAUUCUUUUUGAGCAAAAUCUGUCACUUAAAGAUGUAGUGGUCCAGCUUUUUAGUCUUGAAUAACACCAUUGCACCAAGGUGAGAUGUGAUCUGAAUAUAGGAUGGAGUGAAUGAAACCAAAGCCUGUCGAUGAGAAUGUUUGAAUGAUGUACAAACCCCUCCAGGUAAAACAUUACUCUGGACCCAGCAACAACACUAUACCUGUGCUUUCAGAAUCACUCUAACAGAAGGACUAGCCUCACUGUCAGCUUGAGUAGCUUAGGCAUCAAAAACUGGGUGUAUAAAACUCAGUAUUUGUGUGUGUGUGUGUGUGUGUGUGUGUGAGAGGGAGAGGGAGAGACAGACAGACAGACAGCACAUAUCUGUGCAUACAAGAGUGAGUGAAUGUGUCUGCAUGUGUGUUUGUGCGCUGUUAGUGUGCGGUAUUGAGAAUAGUUUGGUUUGUUUAUUGUGUGUGCUUUUUUUUUUUUUUUUUUAAAUACCCAUGUCUAAAUUUGGAGAAUUGUUGAUAAAAAUCAGUGCCUUAGACCUGCAAACAAUAUAGGUCUCUCUACCUUUGCCUGCACAUACUAUACCACAUAUGAUAUAGCAAGAAUGAGUAUGCUUUGCAGACGUUUAGCAGUAAACAAGUGCUUUGUGACUCUAUCCUUGUUACAUUUUUUGUGUGAGUGUUGCAUAACUAGGUUCAAGCUCAUUUUUUUAUAUUCCACUAGAAGUGCAGAGACUGUAAGUACAUGUAUGUAUGCCAAUAAACUCCAUAAACUACAA